AUGAGUGAUCCAAGCAGUCUCAUUCAGCAAGCUGAAAAGCUCACCAAACCCCAGCUGGGGUUCUUUCUGAUGUUUUCCGGGUCGUCUCUGUCAUAUAGACUCGAAGAAGCUACCGAUUUAUACGUUCAAGCUGCUAACCAGUACCGGUUAAAGAAGGAUUUCGAACGGGCCGGCCAACAAUUUGUCAAGGCAGCCGACCUCCAGAAGAGUCUUUCGAACCACAACGACGUGGCAAACCAUUUGAUAGAAGCUUACAAGUGCUACAAGGGUGUAAAUGUCCAGGGGGCCAUCGAAGCGUUGUCGCAAGCAAUUCACAUAUUCUUGACCCAAAAUGGUCAAUUUAGGCGUGCUGCCAACUUCACGUUGGACUUGGGAGAGUUAUACGAGCUGAAUGGCGACGUCCCAAAUGCAAUUAGCAGCUACGAAAAGGCUGGAGACUACUUUGACACCGACCAUGCUGAGGCUCUUUCCAAUAAGGCCUACCUCAAAUGUGCCGACUUGAGUGCUUUGCAAGGGGAUUAUAAGAGAGCAGUGGAGUUGUACGAGAAGAUCAUCAAGAACUCGUUGGGGAACAACUUGACUAAGUGGAACUUGAAGGACUAUUUCUUGAAGACAUUGUUAUGUGUUUUGUGUCAAGACGACUUGAUAGAAGCCCAGAAAAAGUGCGAGAAUUUCUCCACCGAGGAACCUACGUGGUCCACCACCAGAGAAUACAAGUUGAUUCAAGACAUAUUCGAUGCCAUGGACCAGGGGGAUGUCCAGGCGUUCUCUGACAGGGUAUUUGAAUACGACCAGUUUAGCAAGCUCGACAAGCUCAAGACGCAAUUAUUGUUGAAGAUCAAAGGUCUGGUCGAUAAAGAUGACGACGAAAUGGAUUUAUUAUAG